AACCAAUCUCUGACCUCAUUUAUCGCCUUCCCUUCUCCCUCUUUCCCAGGAACUCCAUUCCCCAUCUUCUUCUCUCACACCCAACUUCAAAAUUCGAACUCAAAACUCAAAUCAAAGCACUUCAUCUUCAUCGCAAUCCACAUCACAAAUCGCCACAAUUUCUUCUUCUUCUUCAUCUGAUCAGAACAUCUAGAGGAGGACAUCAAUCAUCCCCCUCCUGCCUUCUUCGCCAUUUCGGAGUUCGUUCCAUCAGAAUAUGAGCUCGCAUGUCCGAAAUGUGCGAAAGGACAGGCUUAGGUUUCCCGCAUCAAGUGCUCGACAAACGUGGGUACCGAGAGGAUCCACGACUACGACUACUACUACGACUACGACGACGGCUACUCAUGUGAACCAGCCAUUGAAUGUCGAUUUGAGCGAUAAUCGCGAUGGGCGAGAGUUAAAUUCUAGUCCGCAUCCAGUUAAUCGAGACGGAGGUAAUCAUGGUCCAAGGGUUCACAUGGGUCCUCGAAGGAAUCAAAGAAAAGACAAGGAAAAAGAUAAGGAGAAAAGUGGGGAUCAGGGUGUAAAGGAGUUGAGAAACUCCAAUUUGCCUCAGCUUGUUCAUGAAAUUCAGGAAAAAUUAACGAAGGGCACUGUUGAGUGUAUGAUUUGUUAUGAUAUGGUGCGGAGAUCUGCACCUAUAUGGUCUUGUUCAAGCUGCUUCUGCAUUUUUCAUUUAACUUGCAUCAAGAAAUGGGCUAGAGCGCCCACUUCUACCGACUUGGUAGCUGAGAAGAAUCAGGGGUUAAAUUGGCGUUGUCCUGGAUGCCAGUCUGUGCAGCUUACAUCCUCAAAGGAAAUUCGUUAUGUUUGUUUCUGUGGGAAAAGGCAGGAGCCCCAGUCUGAUUUGUAUUUGACGCCUCAUUCGUGCGGCGAACCUUGUGGCAAGCCACUUGAUCGGGAGAUGCUGAUUGCAGGUGGAAGUAAGGAGAAUCUUUGCCCCCAUAAUUGUGUCUUGCAGUGCCAUCCUGGUCCCUGCCCUCCUUGCAAGGCAUUUGCUCCGCCUCGUUUAUGCCCUUGUGGCAAGAAGUUGAUAACGACACGCUGUUCAGAUAGAAAAUCCACUUUAACUUGUGGUCAGCGAUGUGAAAAACUUCUUGACUGUGGACAUCACCGGUGUGAAAAAAUAUGCCAUUUGGGUCCAUGUGAUUCUUGUCAGGUUCUAAUUAGUGCCUCUUGCUUUUGUAAGAAAAAGAAAGAGCUUGUUCUUUGUGGAAGCAUAACUUUGAAGGGUGAAGUAAAUGCAGAAGAUGGCGUUUUCCCCUGUAGUUUGAUUUGCGGGAAGAUUCUUAAUUGCAGGAAUCAUUUCUGCAGUGAAAUUUGUCACCCAGGACCGUGUGGAGGUUGUGUUCUAGUACCGGACAUGAUUAAAACAUGCUAUUGUGGGAAAACGCCAUUGCAGAAGGAGCGGACAAGUUGUUUGGACCCGAUCCCAGUAUGUUCUGAGCUCUGUGAGAAACUAUUACCUUGUGGGAAGCAUCGUUGUAAGGAUGUCUGUCAUGCUGGGGAUUGUGCACCUUGCUUGGUUCAAGUUGUGCAAAAAUGCCGAUGUGGAUCGACCUCUCAAAAUGUGGAAUGCUAUAAGACUUCCAGCCCAACUGACAUAUUCACUUGUGAAAAGCCCUGCGGAUGGAAGAAGAAUUGUGGAAGGCAUAGGUGCAGUGAGAGAUGCUGUCCUCUUUCGAACUCGAGCUAUAGUCAUUCAGGAGACUGGGAUCCACACUUUUGCGUAUUGAGGUGUGGGAAGAAACUAAGGUGUGGCCAGCAUUCUUGUGAAUCACUGUGUCACAGUGGCCACUGCUCUCCAUGUCCCGAAACAAUCUUCACUGACUUGACAUGUGCUUGUGGUAAAACUUCAAUUCCUCCACCAUUGCCCUGUGGAACGCCACCUCCAUCGUGUCAACUCCCGUGUUCAGUCCCUCAGCCAUGCGGCCACUCCUCUACACAUAGUUGCCACUUUGGUGAUUGCCCACCCUGUACAGUUCCAAUAGCCAAGGAGUGCAUUGGUGGACAUGUAGUUCUUAGGAAUAUUCCUUGCGGUUCGAGGGACAUCAGAUGCAACAAGCUAUGUGGGAAGACUAGGCAAUGUGGGAUACAUGCCUGCAACAGAACUUGUCACCCACCGCCAUGUGACACCUCUGCUGGAUCCGAUUCGGGUCAGAAAACUUCCUGUGGACAGACAUGCGGUGCUCCUCGAAGAGAUUGUAGGCAUACAUGUACUGCACCAUGUCACCGGUCUGCUCCUUGCCCCGAUGCGAGAUGUGAAUUCCCUGUCAUCAUCACUUGUUCAUGUGGCCGAAUCACAGCAUCAGUUCCUUGCGAUGCAGGAGGAAGCGGUACUGGUUUUAAUACUGAUACUCUGUAUGCUUCAAUUAUCCAAAAAUUACCUGCUCCUCUUCAACCGAUUGAGGCAACCAGCAAAAAGGUUCCUCUAGGACAGAGAAAGCUGAUGUGUGAUGACGAAUGCUCUAAGCUAGAAAGGAAACGGGUUCUUGCUGAUGCUUUUGAUAUCAAUCCCCCAAAUCUGGAUGCGCUUCACUUCGGUGAUAGCUCCGCUUCUGAAUUGCUUGCAGACCUCUUCAGACGUGACUCGAAAUGGGUAUUGUCUGUGGAGGAGAGAUGCAAAUUCUUGGUCCUGGGAAAGAAUAGAGGAGCAAUGAGUGGCCUUAAAGUUCAUGUUUUCUGUCCAAUGCCGAAGGACAAAAGAGAUGCUGUGAGGCUGAUUGCUGAGAGGUGGAAGCUUGCAAUUAACUCUGUUGGCUGGGAGCCUAAACGUUUCAUUGCAAUUCAUGUUACGCCUAAAUCAAAAGUUCCGCCUCGGGUGCUUGGUAUUAAGGGCUCGACGACCACAAGUACUCCACAUCCACCAGCUUACGAUCCUUUAGUAGAUAUGGAUCCUAGGCUAGUUGUUUCUUUUCCAGAUUUGCCUCGGGAAGCAGAUAUAAGUGCAUUGGUCUUGAGAUUUGGUGGGGAAUGUGAAUUAGUAUGGUUGAACGACAAGAAUGCGUUGGCUGUAUUCAGCGAUCCUGCUCGAGCUGCUACUGCAAUGAGACGGUUGGAUCAUGGGACAGCUUAUCAUGGAGCCAGUUUUCUUCAGAAUGGUGGUGCAUCCGCAUCAUCUAAUGGAAAUGCUUGGGGAGGGGAGAAUGCUAACAAGGAAGGUGGAGCAUUGAAGAGUAGCAAUCCAUGGAAAAGGGCCGUAGUUCAGGAUUCUAGUUGGAAGGAGACUUCAUGGGGUGACGAAGAGUGGUCUGGUCCGUCUAUCGACGUGCAGGCAUCCGUAUGGAAAAGAGAAGCUCCCCUACCUGCUUCACUUAAUCGGUGGCACGCUUUAGACCCCGAAUCUUCUGGAAGUUCUUCUGCUCAAUCUGUCGAACACAAUCCUGGAAGUCGAGUAGGGCGUUCCUCUUCUUCAGGAUCUGAAUCAGGCACAAGUAGAAGUUUGAAUUCUUUGGGGACGCAGGUUGUAGCAGAUAAUGAAACAAACAUGUCGGAAGUGGCAGAUGAUUGGGAGAAAGCUUAUGACUGAAACGAUGGAAACUUCCGUAGUUGAUAAAUAAAAGUAGACGGUGAAGAAGACUCACUCCCCAUGAGGUAAUACUGUUGGAUGUUUGGUGCAGCCUUCCUGUCCUUAUAUUUUUCAUUUUUCAUCACUAUAUUCGAACGUGUUGUUUUCGGAGGCGGUUCGAGUUUGAAACUAAGUUUGUAGGUAAUACAUGUUUUUUGAGAGAAUAAUUCGAUGUAGGAUGUUAGAUUUUACAACACCAUAGGGUUUGAUAUGGCAUAAAGAUCAAAAGGCCAUCUUUUCCAGCUGCUCUGCCGAUGCGGCCUCUAUGUACCGAAGAUAUAUCUGUUCUAAUUCUUUCCAUAGUUUUGAGUUCCAAGUAUUUCAGAACAUAUAAUAAUAUGAAGUUUUGCACUAA